UUCAUAAGCAUCGAUUGGCCAUAGAGCCAAGACCAAGUUGUUGUACUUCACCUGUCUGCGUGCGCGCUUCACUUGCCACUUUACUUUAUUUGAAGCCUAGGGUAGAGUCGUGCAAAAUACCCAAUUACUAUGUCUUACGUACUUUUGGAGCUGCUGCUGUUGGUGGUGUUUGCAGACGCUUCGCGUGUAGAGCUUGUGUUCCGGUGCCCAAGCUGUAGCGCCGAGCGCCAGGCAAAGUGUCUCACUGCCGAGAGCUGCGUUGAGAUCGUGCGUGAGCCGGGCUGUGGCUGCUGCCCGGUGUGUGCACGCCGGGCUGGAGAACCGUGUGGUGUGUACACGCCGCGCUGCGCCAGCGGCCUCCGCUGUUACCCCGAGCCAGACUCAGAGCUGCCACUCGAGCAGCUAGUGCGCGGCCUCGGUCGAUGCGCGAUCAAAGCGGACGGGGAACCCAGCACGGAGAGCGCUGAACUAAGCGGUGAGAUGUUGGAGGGUCCAGUAGUAGAACAAACUGAAGUCCCAACGAUUAGAAGGCCUACAAAAGACAGCCAGUGGAUGGGCCCUAAAGAGAGUGCUGUUAUCCAUCACCGGCAACAGAUGAAGACCAAGAUGAAAUAUAAAACAGAGGAGCCCAAGGUGCCACGCAACAAGCUGAGCCAUUGUCAACAGGAGAUGGAGCAGGUACUUGAGAGGAUCUCCAAAAUACCCUUCCAAGACAAUCGUGGCCCUCUGGAGGACCUCUAUUCUGUGCACAUACCCAACUGUGACAAAAGGGGCCAGUACAACUUCAAACAAUGUAAGAUGUCAGUGAAUGGACACCGGGGUGAGUGCUGGUGUGUGAACCCCCACACCGGCAGGCACAUCCAGACCUCCCCAGUAGUGAGAGGUGACCCCAACUGCAGUCAGUACCUCAGUGCUUUAGAGAUGGAGCCACCUUCAGAACUGCAUAACUAAAAGCAUUGAAGAGAACUGGUACCUGGGACCAAAAUAAUUGAUUGUUCAGAUGUUCCAUUGUGUGGUAGUCCCUCAUUAUUUUACUUGUAAGCAAUUCAAUAAAAUGUUUAGAGUUGAAUUUAGUUAUUGCAUUUGCAUUUGGAAUAUGUUGCUGAUAACUCUCAGUAUGAAUUCCAAAGAGUGUUAUCUGCCAGAGAAAUGGCAAAAAACAUUAGGUGUGGCCAAAUUAACUAUUUGGCAUAUUAUUAAAAAGAAGGAAUGCACCAGUGAGCUCAGGAACAACAAAAUGCAGACAGCUGUUUUUGGAUGACACAAUAAUUUUUUUCCUCUUGAAGAAAAAUAUGCUUAACUAAAAAGUGUUAUGUUUAGUCUCCCUUCAGAUCAUAUAGGCCUCCAAAUUUUAAACUGAGAACCACUAUAAAACUAUUACAUCUAGUAGGACCAUCAGAAAAAACACAGCUACAUUGCUGCAAACAUGUUGCAAAUAUCUGAUACACUAUAAAUGGAUAUCAUGAUCACUUUUGAGAAAUAAUCUAUACAGUAGUAUUGACAUUAAAUGUUAAUUUUGAUGGAAUAAAAAGUAUAAUUACAACUUUGUAUGGUGA